GUGUUAGCAAGACCUGAGCAAGGCUGGGGAUGAUGGGAAGUCCUGCAUUUGCAAGGCCUGAGCAAGGCUGGGGAUGGUAGGGAGACAUGCAUUUGUAAGACCUGAGCAAGGUUGUGGAUGAUGGGGCCCAUGCGUUUGCAAGGCCUGAGCAAGGCUGGGGAUGCUGGCGGGAGCCAUGCAUUUGCAAGACUUGAGGAAGGCUGUGGAUGAUGGUGGAGGGGGGGGCGCAUGGGUUUGCAAAAUCUGAGCAAGGCAGUGUGCAUUUGCAAGACCCGAGCAAAAAUGCGGAUGAUGGGAGCUGUGCAUUUGCAAGAGCUGAGCAAAUGGGUGGGUGAUGGUGGAUCUUGGCGCUCUCUCUUUCAUAGGGUUGCCAUAAGAGGAGGCUAACUUGAUGGCAAAUAACACAAGGAAACUCUGCAUCCCUUGCUCCUUUUAGGUCCGGCAGCAGCGUAGACCAUUGGCUAGUCCUUGGAUGGGAGACCAUCAAAGGCAAGGAUGCGAAUCCUGGAGAGGGAGCCAUGGCUGAUGGUCAAGGGAUGACUGCCCUUGCCCUCCUUCAGACAGGAAUUGGCCCUUCAGUGGCCGUCUGGAGCAAAAUAUUCUUUCAAAGUACCUGUUUCGGCAAGAUUAUUGAGGCAGAUAGUUUUGCUUCUCGCUUGGGGCCACGUCUUUGUUGCCGGCCAUUUUUCUCUUUGCAAAGCGUUUUACGAUUGCUCUGUCGUCGCAUCUCCCUGGAGGAGCAUUUAUUCCCUUCGAACGGGUUGAGUCUCCCUUCUCCAUAAUGUUUGGGAGCAGAAAUACUUUGGGUUUUGUGUCUGGGAAUAUUGGCAUCCUUCUUCGUGUUCUUAUUGUGCGCCUUCAAGUCUUCUCCACUUUAUGGCAACCCUAAAGCAAACCCAUCAUGGGGUUUUCUUGGCAGGUUUGGCUCAGAGGUGCUGCAAAGAGUGAACCUAACCAUUCAGAGACUAACCUAUUUCCCAAAUUCCCUGCACUUUGUCAAGACAUUUCGCAAUCAUUUGGGCCCCUCGGGUGUCGGGUUCGAGAGGCCGCGUUGGAGCUUGCUCUACCCUUUUUUUUGGCGUGACGUAACGUGUGAAAAGGCGAAGUAAUCAUUAUAAUUUCUAGGCAGAGAAACCUCUCCCCUCCUUUCGAAAGGCUGGAGGCACCGAGAGGAGCGUUGCGCGUCUCCUGGGCAUGUUCAGACCGGGCUGAAUACCGAGAAACAGGUGUGCAUCGGAGGCUCCGGGGUGGAGACACCAUCUCCGAACGUUGGUCGGACGGCGCACACUUUCUCCAGCGUUUCUCUGGAGCCAACCGUUGCCAGGGAUGCAUGCGCCGGGUGGCCAUCUCUCCCUUUUUGCGCCAGAGAGGAGCAAAACACCUGCCUUUUGUCUCAAGGAGAAGGAGCAUUUUUAAUGCACCGCUUCUGCAGAGAUGUGAGCCUCAUUCCCAGUCUUUUGGGUCCCGUGCGGCCGGGACAGAAAGGGCACCGCAGCCAUGAAGAAAAUGUUCUCUUGCUCCAGCAACCAAGUGUCGGUCGAGUGUUGGAACAAACAUGACCAGAAGCUCUUGGACGCCGUCGAGAAAGGAGACGUGGGCAAGGUCUCCGUCCUCAUGUCCAAGAAGACGGCCAAGCCCACCAAACCCAAUGCCAUCGGACAGUCCGCGUUCCACUUGGCAGCUUCCAAAGGGCUGACUGAAUGCCUCACCGUCCUCCUGAACCACGGAGCUGAGGUCAAUGAUAGGAACGACGAUGGGAGCACUGCCUUGCACCUGGCCACCAUCGCUUGCCAGCCUCAGUGCGUCAAAGUCCUCUUGCAGCAUGGAGCCAAUGAAGACUGUGUGGAUGGAGAGAAUCGGACCCCUCUCCAUUGGGCAGCCUUGUCCGGAUGCGCAUCCAGUGUGUUGCUCUUAUGCGACCAAGAGGCCUUCCUGGAUGUCAUGGAUAAUAACGGACAGACGCCGCUGAUGAUGGCGGCUCAGGGCAACCAGGCUGCCAUCUGCUCCCAGUUGCUCCAGAGAGGAGCCAAGGCCGACCUGGUCGACAAAGACGGAAAGACGGCACUCAUCCUCGCUUGCGAACGCGGCAACAUGGAGGCGGCGGAGCUGCUCCUGCAAAACGGGGCCAAUGUGGCCCUAGAGGACGGGGCAGGACGCAGCGCCCUCCAUUACGCCACGCAGGGCAAGAAUCGGACGCUGAGACGCCUGGUCCACAACGCUCUGCGGAAACGGAAGCGGAGAGAACAAGGGCUUGAUCUUUCAUCAGAGGCUGGCUCCCAGGCUCCGUCCGAAAGCGGGAAGGAGAUGGACCGGAGCAUCCUGGACCUGCCCCUCGAGGGAAGAGGCCUGAACGACGAGGAGGACGUCGACCAAGAGACGGAAGAGGACCCCGAGUUGAAGGAGUGGACCAGCCGAUACCGGGAAGAGAAGAUGAAGGUGAUCCAGCUGGAGCUGCAGCUGGCCCAGAAGACGAGGGAAUGUGACUCCCUCUUGGAAGGAUGCAAAGCCAUAAAGGAACGGGUCUGGGACCAAGUGCAGGAGAUCAGCCAGAUCCUUCCAGAAGGAGAGGACCAGAGCCAGGACUGGAAGGAGCUGAGCCGGCGUUACAGCCGCGACGCGACCGAGGAAGACUACUACCUCAACCUUCUGGCUGAACAGAUCCAAGAACUCAAGAGGAGGAAGAAGCGGAUGGAGGCAGAGAAGGAGGAGAAGGAAAAGGAGGAGAAGGAGCAUCCUCAAAAGAGCCACCCGAAAGAAGUGGAGACCACCGUAGCACCUCAAAAGGAAGGAAGAGUGCAGUGGCCUGGUGAGGAAGAGGAGGAGGAACGUAGAUGUCACCAAAUGAAAGUGAAGCGCCUCCAGGCAGAAAUGGCCGCCGCCUAUGAAGAGAAAGCGAACGCCCUGAAAAGAGUGCAGGAGAUGGAGGGCCACAUGGAGAACAUGAGGGCCGUCAUCAGGGUCUAUGAAGCCAAGAAGAAGCACCAAAGCGGGACCCUGAAGGAAACGGAGGCCCGCCUGACGGAGCUGGAAGGGGAGAACCAGCAGCUGCGCGGGAUGUUGGCAACGCAGAUGGACGGAGGCUCCGAGGCUGGGCUGGCCAAGGUGUCCCGGUUCCUGACAGAGAUGGAGGAGGCGUACUCCGAAAUACAGAAGGAGAACAGAGCCAUGAAGGCUGCGAAGGAGGCCCUGAAGCGAGAAGCGGAGGAUGCUGUUGGGAGCAGGCUCUUGUUCCAAACGGUGCCAUCCGAAGUUGUGAAGAAGAGCAUGUUUGCUUGGAAGAGGAUUGUCGCAGGCCUUGAGGACGCCUUGGCCAAGAUGGAACAGACCAACGCCGCCCUCCUAGAGAAAGUCAGGCCUCUUCGGGAAGCCAUUUUGACUCCUCAAUCAGGAGUCGGGGUCAUGGUCAAUGGCAAUGGAUGCCACGCAGAGGAGAGCGGCGCCUCAAGGGAUGAGGCCAAACCCCUGAUGAGGAACUUGAAGACCCCCAAUGAGAUGGAAAGUGUUGGGUCAGGAAAGAGUCAGCUCCAUGAUGGCUCUGUUGGGCAGGUCAAGCUGAGAUCGAAGCCCGAAGUGACCGAAAACAAAGCCCGUCCGUGCCGGAAAAGCUCCGACCUGGAGAAAGAGGUGUGGGAUCUCAAAGAGAACAAUGGCAGCCUGGUGAAGGAACUGGCACAGCUGAGCAAGGAGAGGGAGAAGCUGCAGGCGGAACUGCGGAGGUUAUGUGGUCCAAAGGAAGGGCCUCCUCAGCCAGAGGUGAUGGGAAGCUUAGUGGAAGAGCUGAAGAAGGCGGUGGAUUCUUUGUCUCAACAGCUUUCGGCUGAGAAAGAGGAAUCCAGGAAACUGCGCCUGAAGCUGGAGUCCCAGACGAAGGAAAUGGCGGUGAUGAGGGACAGCUUCUUGGAGAAGAUGGCCAAGAAAGCCACUGCCCUGGUAAGGAGCGACACUCUUGACAGCUGCAUCUUGAAGGAGCUGCACUGGAAGCUGGACAAUGUGGUGAAGAAGCAAAACGAAGCCUUGCAACUGGUGUCCGAGAUCGAAGAGGAGAACCACACCCUGGAGACGGACCGGAAGAUCCACGCCGGACACAACGGCCACCUGUCCCCGCUGGUUGAGAAAGCCCUGCCAGACGUCUCUUCCGAAGCGUUGGACGCCAUCAGGGACAACCGGAAAGUCCAUCGAGAGAUGGAUGAGAUGGAGAAGGUCCUGCAAGGGUUCAAGGAGGUGUUGGAAGCCAUUGAAGCCUCUUUGGGCAAGGAGAGCAAAGAGGUAGCCAAGCUGAAGGCGCUGGUUGGCCAGCUGAAGGCCAAGAUGUCUGACUUGCGCCGUGAGGAAGAGGAAGCCCUGAGGAAGCAUGAGAAGGUGCGCGGCAUGCUCUGCGCCAGGGCUCAAGCUCUGGGGAUAGAAUUGGCCUCCCUUCGGGAGAAAUACGAGGGACUGAGAGGGGAGUCCGUCCGCUGGAAGGAAGACCUGGUGUCCGAGAGACAGAAGAACCAGGAUCUCCUGGCAGAAGUGGUUGAGCGCGAGGAAGAGGUGGAGGAACUGAGAGGGAAGUCUCAGAUGAUGGAGACCGUGAUGGAGAAGAUGGAUCGGAAGGUGGAGGAGCUGUCCAAGGCUUGCCAAGACAAAGACGGAAAGAUCAGGAAGCUGUUAAAGGAGACGGAGAAGCUUUCCAGCGAAAUCCUGAACCUGCGCAGCGAACGCGCCCGGCUCCGGCUGCAGAACGAGGUGGUCCAGAAGAACCAUCAGGAGAUCGUGGCCAUCUACAGAACCCACCUUCUCAACGCAGCCCAAGGCUUCAUGGACAAAGAAGUCCACGAGAUGCUGCUCCGGAUCCUGAGGACGAACGACGGCUGAGGAGCCAACGCCCGAAACCCGCUUCAUCCAAAUGCAACAGAUGCUUGUUCUGGAUCCGUUUGGACCUCGGUCUUUUGCCGUCAAGUAAACGGAAGAGUUGUGGCAUUCGACGACAACCGACAACGUCCGCUUUGCAACAAUGAUCUCAGACCAAAAAAGAGGGCUUUAGGAAAAUGUGAUGAGAAAAGUCCUGAAUGCAAUGGAAACCUUCCUACUUCGGGACUUAUUUUGCAGGGAAAUCCCACAUGUUUGUGCGGAAAUUUGCGUGUUUGUUGUCCAAAAAUUGUGUUUACUGAGCAGAAAGGAACGAAAGAAAGAAGGGAAAGGGAAAAGGGAAAAGAAACCAAACCCUUUUGCUAUUUUAUUCACAGGGAACCUUUGCACAAGGAGGAAAAUUUUCUGUGCUUGAAAAAUAAACAGGUUUUGUUGUGUUUUGUUGCAUUUUCCACACAGGAGAGUUGUUGUUCUUGCUGCUGUUGUUGUUGUUCGGUGCAUUGUGUUCGCUGUGCAGAAAGGAACAUUGCUUAUGCAAAAGAAAAGGUAAAGGUAAAGGUGAAAGCAA